GACAGCUUCCGCUCCGCCAAAACUUCCCCAAAAAAGCACAAGGGCGCCGCCGCAUCUGUUGUCUCCGACCACGACAGAGCUGCCAAUUCUCUGCGCAAACAUAUAGGCGCAGUGAAGGCAUGGGUAUUGUCUCCUAAUCGAAAUUUAUUCUCCAAUUGUUACUUCACAAUUUCCUCUUGCGCCCGCCUUUUCACUGCCGCGAAACCUCACCCAUCACCAUGCCGAAAGUGAUCAGCUUCACUCCUCCCUGGCUUUGUAGGCCUUCACCAGGAGCUAGCUUUUUCACGAGCGCCGCACCUCAAAGCCCCGGUGCGCAAGCGGGAAAUGGCCAGGCGCUUGCUAGACAUGAGGGACCGACGAGGAUUCUGGCGAAAAGAGGCUCGGAAGUGUUCGCCGUCGUGGACAAUCAGAUUCGCUGGUCGAACUUGACGACCUUGAAAGACGAAUGGCAGCUUGAAGCAAGAUCAAAAAGAAAGAGCGCUAGGCAGGGCGACGACACUCAGAACAGAACCACAGAAGGCACAGAAACAGGUGGUGAUAGCUCGCAAGCAUACUAUAGGGUACUGACUGUCCCGGUGUAUGGGCAAAUCAGACAAUUGAUUCCUUCUCCAAAUGGUGCCUUCAUGGCUAUUGUGACGGCCCAUACUGUCCACAUCUCCGUCCUUCCGGACUCUUCACAUCUGUCCAACAAUGACCCUACGCCUAUCCGUCUGAAGACCUAUCAACUGGGUCCGACUACUCACGUCAUCCCCGAGUCGCCCGUGAUAUCUGCUCUCUGGCAUCCACUAGGAAUAUAUGAUAAUCUGUGUGGAUGUAUAGUGACUGUCACCGCUGACGCUGCGGUUCGCGUAUGGGAACUUGAUCGGAACAACCACUGGUCCUUUGACCGGCCGACAUUGGCGAUUGACCUGAAGAAACUAGUCGAUGGCACAUCAUGCGACGAAGAUUUCUCUCCUUCUGGGUUCGGAAAGAAUAAGGGUUUCUCCGCUGAUGCCUUUGACAUGGAGGUCGCAUCCGCUUCUUUCGGCGGCAGUGGUCAUGAGGGCGAAGCAGGUUGGGCUCCAAUGACUCUAUGGGUUGCUAUGAGACCAGGCGACCUUUAUGCGCUCUGUCCUCUGCUGCCUUCCAAGUGGCAAGCCCCGUCAACUACGAUUCCGUCCUUGUCUGCAGCCAUUAUCCCGAAACUUGCUGCCCUUGAAGAGGACGCUACUGAUGUUGGAGACGAGCUGACGGCCUGCCGGCAACAGUUUGAUUGGCUCAGGGAAAUCGACAACCAGGACACUUUGUCAGUUUCGGAGGCUUUCCCAGAACACCAAAUUCUGACACGGCCCGCAGUCCCCAGCGCCAUUCCAAGACUACAGGGUCCUUUCCGUUACGACUUCGGCGAAGAGGUCGACGAUUUGGAUCUUACAGACAUUCACGUCAUUGCAGCAAAAGUCAACAUGGAUGAUCUGAUGACUGGUGAGGAGGAAGAACAGUUCCUGGAAGAGAAUUCCCAGGACGGAUUGUCGGCCACUGUCAUAUGUGUCUCCACUGCUAGUGGCAGGGUCGAUAUAUGUCUCGAACUUGACGGUGUCGAAGGUCAGUGGCUGCCGAAAGCCAAGAAGAACGCUUUUACGACGCCCAUUUCUGAGCCCUCCGAUCUUGUUCUACUGGAGUCGUUGGAGACUGUCAGGGAGAAGUCUCAGCAGGAUUAUUCGUGGCCUACAUUCACCCCUGAUGUUCACUCGCGGUAUAGCUUCUUCCUGACCACUGCUAACAAUGUGACUUCCAUCUCUCUAUCCUCCUGGGUCCAGAGACUAGAAGCCGAGCUGCAGUCAGAAGAUACUUCGGGGUCAGCCUUCCGUCUCCAAGUUCUCUGCGAGGGCUCGUUGUCCCUAAGAGAGCAGAUUAUCCAAGCUGGCGAAGAUGUCGGGACAACAGAGCCCGGUCACCUGUCAACUUCCUUGGUUUUCUAUGAUUAUGACCUUGGCUACUUACUUCUGACUUAUCGCGACUCCCAUCCUUAUGCAGCACUUCUCGACGCUCCGGCCCGUGCGGCCUUUCCGUCCAUGGCGGAUUCUGUGCCCUCAGUGUCCGAAGCCCUCGCUCAUGGACCACCAGUUAUUGCUCCCCGGCGGGCACCUUACCAGGUCCCAUCGAUUCUCUAUGCAGAAUCGCCUCUGCAGUCGUUCGUCGAAAAGAAUGUUCCUCAUCGUCAUAGGCAUUCUCUCAAAGAACAGGUUCGCCUUUCGCCGUCAACCUUGGAUCUUGUUGCUGCUGCACACAGACUUCUGUCUUCGCACACGAACGCACUAGAGAGAGCAGCAUCUGAUCUUUUCCGCCGCUGUGAGCGGUUGAGGGGUGAGAUGCACGAUCAAUUAAAGCAGCUUGCGGAUGUGGCAGAGCGGAUCAAGGGUGUCUCGAGCGAGAUUGGCCCUGAUGACCAGAGGAAGGAAGGUUCUCGUAGUGAAGCAGCCCUGGACAAGAGACUGCAAGCAGCAAAGGACCGACAGGAACAUCUAGUGCAGCGAUAUGAGAGUAUCAGAAAUAAGGUUUUGAACUCGGGCGGUCGACCAUUGAGCGAAAAGGAAAAGGCUUGGAUACGAGAAGUGGAAACCGUAUCUCAAUCCAUUGAAACUAAAGAGGGGGGAGAUGAGAGGUCCCGCGCACUCGGCCAGAGGCUCGAAACAGCUAAAAACCUUGCUGCGGACCUUCUGGCAGAAGUCAAGCGAAUCACCACAGAGACUCCUGCAGGAAAAGAACCAGGGACUCCAGAGAGUCCAAGCGCCUAUCCCCGAGUCCCAGGAGUUCCCGCGAGGUUGCAGAGAGCAAGACUUGCGGACGCUAUGCGGAUGGUCGAGCGGGAAUCUGCUGUUAUUGAUGCCAUUACCUCGAGGCUAGAGCGACUCAAUACCAGUGUCUCGUAGUUUUGGCUGCCUGGACGACCAUUAUGGUAUCACAUUGUUGGCGUACUAUGCUUUCUCCAUAGUAUAUGCAUGCACGGUAAUCGCUGUGGCUUGUUUGAGUGCUUUAUUAUUAGGUCUAUGGCAUUCUUUCGCCAGUAUCAAAAGUUGGCAUCCAGCGGGAAAAUAGAAUAAUCAAAACCAAACAAGCAUUAUGAAUGUUGCAGC